UCUUUCGUCUCAGAUAACCGACACUUAGUUGUGAAACGCACUUCCAACAUACAACGCGAAUAUAUUUCAAACAAGACAAUAACUUGCAAGAUAUAUAUAAUAACAAAAGAUAAAUAAUUAAACAUAAAGUGCAAUUCAUCAGAACAUGAAUAAAGUAAACAAGUUAUCAAUAACAGUGCAAUAAAUGAAGCAAGAACUUUAUUUAAAGACAAUAUCAAAACGCGAUUGUUUAAUGAAAAAUUUAUAAAACAUUAAGAUGGAAUUCGACAAUGAAAGACGUGGAAGUAGAACACGUGCAUUAGAAAGAUCAUUAAGUUAUUCAGCUGCUAUCGGCAAUGGAUCAGGAAGAUCGUCAAUAGAAAUACCAGCAAUGGCCAAUACAGAAGUUUAUACAAACGAAGAGAUGAAGAAACAUUACAGAAUAUCACAAACAUAUGUCGAAGGGAAAGAAAUUACAUUCCCUAACGUCGUAACGAAUGUAGAUUCAAACCCACUACAACAAAACAUAAAUAGCAAAAUAUCAGACAUGUCACAAUAUUCCAGUGAGGAUGAAACCACAGAUAAUGGUUUAACAAUGACCAUAGAUGUUGAAACAGAAUCACAAAGUCCUAAAUCAUCAGAAACAAGACAUAUAUCAGAUGCUUCGACACAGCCAAUAGUCAGUUCCAAUGUAACAAACGAAACAUACGACAGGAUCGACUUUAUUGAAAGUAUUUAUAAUGACCCGGACGAUUUAGUCGGAGCUCACGGAUAUUCUACACCGUUUAGUAAAAGAAGAAAGAAAGGAAAAAAGCGAAGACGUCAGCACGGCCGUCCGAUCAGGUCUCGCCGAGUGGUGCAUAAGAGCGGCGAAGAGAAUGUCCCAGUACGCACCAACAUACCCGCAAAGUCUAUCAAGUACAUGCGCGACAUAGUUAAUACCGUGAUCAACAGCAAAUGGCGUUUUAUAAUCUUGCUAAUGAUAGUAGCUCACUUCGUCUUCUGGUUCGUAUUUGCGGCCAUUUGGUACGCUGUGGCCUCCUCCUAUCGGGAUGAUAUAGGAGAUGGCAAGGAGCACUGUGUUAUUGGCACUUCGUCAUUCGCCGGUCUUCUUAUGAUGUCUGUUGAAACACAGAUGACAAUCGGCUACGGCGUGCGAUAUCCCAGCGAGGAGUGUCCUGAAGCUAUCAUCGUCAUGGUUUUUGAGAUAGUGGCGGGUACGGCUUUGUCUGGAGGCUUGUCCAGUUUGCUGUUUACAAAACUUGUCAGACCAAACCGACAUCUCUCGUCCGUAGGAUUCAGUAAGAAAGCUACAGUGUGCCUGCGCGAUGGCGAGCUUUGCCUGCAGUUCCGCGUGUGGGACUUACUCAAUCUGCAUCUCAUUGGCUCUACAAUCACCGCCUACAUGCUAAAACCUAUACGGACGUUGGAAGGUGAAAUAGUUCACAACUAUAUUCACCCGUUGCGGCUGAAGCAAGCGCGCGCGUUUCUGCUGUGGCCGGUGACUGUGGCGCACGUUAUCGACUCCCGCAGCCCGCUCUAUGACCUCUCUGCGCAGGACAUGAUGGACUACAGGUUCGAGAUUGUGGUGUGUCUGACAGGAUCCUCGAAGAACAUGGGUACAGUGACUCAAAGCAGGACAUCUUACCUUUCCAAGGAGAUCAUCUGGGGAUACCGCUUCAAGAACGUGCUCAAAUACUCCAAGAAAGAAGAAUCCUACGUAAUUGAUGUGGAUAAUCUGAACACUGUGGAGCAAGUGGAAACGCCACUCUGCAGUGCGAGUAGACUGAAGUUAUUUGAAGACGAUAUUAAGUCGUCCAAUAACCUUCUUACUCCAACAAACAUGUCUCUGUCCCCCACAAACAUGUCACUGAGUCAAGAAUCCUCGACAGUGUCUAAAAUAGAGGAAUCCGUACCUUCAUCUCCCAUUUUUACAAGAACAGGCACGCAAAGGAGUUUCGGUUGGAAUUUUAGAAGGUUCUAUCCAGAAGAGAAUAAGAAUGGUGUUGAGUUUAGUUCUUAAUUUAU